AUGAAUGGCAAACGAGCGCUCAAUUUGUGGACAUUUUUGGUGAACUCAUGGACUGAUUGUUUUGAUGCCAAAUAUCGACUGCGAAGUUGUUGUCCACGACUCGUGUCCACAGAAAUGGUGAUCAUUAGCGCCGACGCGCUCAAGACGUACACCAAAUACAGUGAACACAAACUGAAGCUCAAAGUGAUUCACUUCUGUCCCAUCGAUGGCAAGGAAAGUGACGCCAAAUGCAAGCGCACUGUUGUCACCACCGACUGCUCCCAACCGAAGACACCACAACCAGACACUCAACGAUAUCUCGUGAUUAUCUUCUACGGCUCGUACGCCAAGACACCGUUCAAGAAGUCGGCGCUGAAGACGGGACAGGUGUUCACAAUACAGCGCUUCGAGACCACGACUAUGCCUAAGAAUAAGGUCUUCAAAGCCAACGGAACGCUUCUUAAAGACUUUUACGAGCCGUUAGUUGUGGUGAAAGCCGAAUACGAGCCGUCCAUCAAAUGGUUGGUCAGUCUUCGCGAAGAGCCCUUCACUGGCGUCGCGGACAGCGAUUCGUUGCCCGAAGACCAUCAGCCGUCGAGUGCCGCCACGAGACCAGACAAUGACAAUGCGGACCACAGAGUGAACAAAUCGGUGACACUUUCGGCCAAAAAGAAACUCAAAUUCGGUUCGAGUGACGAUGAGAUGGACAUUGAGUUGCCAUCUGAUGAUGACUUCGACACCGAUAGCCGUCGCGUCACCCGACAGAAGGCCAAUGAAAGUGCCAAAAGACAUGAUAUUCAUGUGUGUCUUUCGCCCAGAAAUCAAAAUAAGACAAACAAAAGUAGUCACACAAGUAGUCCACAAAUCAGUGCCAGAAGUCCCGCAACGAGUGCCAGAACUCCCGCAUCGACUGCAAGAAGUCCAACCACUGCUGCCAACAGACGCUAUGAAUAUAAGACACUCAUCGAAGUCCAUAACCUGUUCCCUGUGAGUGGUAAGACGUAUUGUCACAUCUAUGGUGUCCUCAGAUAUCGUGACUAUAGGAAGAAUGCGAUGUAUUUGAGAGACGAGAAGGCGUUCACAAUGACUGUGCAGUUGAGGCCCGGGAACAGCUCUUUUCGUCACUAUCCGGGCGCCAAACCCGGGGAUGUCAUCCGAGUUCAUCGCAUACUACUGGCGCCCAACUGUCUCGAACCUAUCUGUUGUGACCCCAAAGAUAUGGUUGUCUUCGAGGCAUUCCAAGACUCGGAACAGUUUUCGCCGAUUAAGACGAGUAUUAAUAUGACAAUCGAACAGUUCGAUAGACACCGGAAACGAGAACUCGAGGAAUGGUUUGCCAACGAAUUAGUCGGUGAUAGUCUGAGUGAGAAGAAGCACACGGAUUAUAACUCAUACGCGGAACUCACGGUUCAGGUGCUCCGAAAGACCACUACUCGCGACCGAACAGAGCUCGUGGUUUGGGACACAACACGUCCGGCGCUGCGGACCCACUCAUCGCAUGUCUCGACGGCCGGUAUGUCUCUGACCAGCGCUGAAGAGGAGUUGAUUCGUAUUGUGAAUGAGAAUCAGAUGUCAAUUGUGGUCACUGUGUUUGAACAGCACUCUAAUGACGCCCAAAGUAUCAAACCCUUUGACUUCAUAGUCCUAUUCAAUGUCAAUAUCAGAAACGACAGGUACAGAGAGGGCUUCCACACGUAUUCCCUCCACUCGACCUAUGCUUACGGCAAAUGUAUUCGUUAUGUGAAACCAAAUUCAAUACUAAGCAAAAAACUUUACGAUCGCAUCGAGGAAUACAAAGUAAUGUCAGCCGUGAAUGUGGAGAGCCCUGCCCUCGAAGACGCCUUUCCCUCGCAAUCGUUUCUUAUGGAUAGCAAAAAACUUUACGAUCGCAUCGAGGAAUACAAAGUAAUGUCAGCCGUGAAUGUGGAGAGCCCUGCCCUCGACGACGCCUUUCCCUCGCAAUCGUUUCUUAUCGAUAGUCAAGAUGUGGAGCAAACGGUGCCCGAAGAGAGUGCCGUGUUUUCAGAUAUGGCCGACUUUGAGGUGAACUUCGACGAAGUGAUUGAUGUGUUGGAUCGCGAGGAGUCGUAUUUGCCGGUCACCAACAUUGUGGACAUUCCCUCCAAGAAUAUACUGAUCGAUGAGUUGGUGCGCACCGCGGAGGACAAGCACUUGUAUAAAGUGAAGGCUCGUGUCGUUAAUUAUCUGCCGUCCAAUGAGCGAAGGGAUGUCAUCUCUGUUUUGUGUACAAACCAAGAGUGCCAUCGAAUGAUAACAUUAAGACAAGCCGUCGCUGAAGACCCGCUCAUUGAAUCCAUUAUAGAGUCGUCCAAAGAAAAGAGAUUAUCUCUGAAUUGCUUUAAAUGCAAACAGAGUUCAUGUGUUUUGGUGUUUAAAUUGAUUUUUAUACUCGAAGACAAUAAGCACCACAAAGUGAUGGCACAGUUGUUUGGAUACAAUGCCGAACUGUUCCUGAGGGCCACUCCCGUCGAAGUGCUGCAGACGGACUCGAAGUGGCAUUUCGUCGAAAGGCUAUUGAAUUAUAUUUGCGCUAAAAUAUCGUCCAUUGAUUCCAAGAAGUCGUCAAAUGUGUUAAACUAUUGGGUUCUUCAGCCCUCGAGAGUCGAUAACAAUGAAAACGAUGUCUUUAUUUAUCAGAUCCGAACGGUGGUCGCCAUCGAGACGGCCGACAAAUGUAUUGGUCUUAAUAUAUGA